UCAUCACCGGUCAAACCGCGGAGCACAAACACGCGUGUGGCAGAUGUUUGAGCUCAGCAUGGUUUCUGUGUGGUUCUUCCGGUAUGAGACGUGUGGAGGAGGCCCAUCUGUCACAGCUCUGCUAACCCUGUAAACAAAAUCCUGAGCUGUCAUUCACAACGGGCCCACGUCCUCUUUUUUUUUUAUCCUCGCUGGCUACUGCCCAGCACGGGUGACGGCAGAAUCCACCAGCAAAGUAAACACAAGGUGAAGAAGAGGCUGUCGCUCACGCAGCCUGCGGGAGACGUCUGUUUCUACAAGUCCUCUCGUCAGUGAGAGUGGGAGGUACACAUCACUUCAGGUGGCCUUGUCUGUUUCGACAGAUUGAUCGCAGGCUGUUGUUUUUAUUAUAAGAAUUGUCAACCCAGGGAUCAAAUAUCGAUCCGCACAUGAUGGAUCACUGGAGUAUGAAUCUGAGCACAGCAGCGUUUUAAAGGUUAAUGACCUCUGACCUUGUUUCUGACCCCGUUCGUAUCUCAAUCCUGAUUCUCACUCAGCACGAGCUGACCUCUGAUCAGCAAGAAAUCAACACAGUCUCUCAACUAAGCACUUCCUCACAUCCGCAGGGUGAAGUGCUAAUCACGGCGUGGUGGGUUUUUGCCACAGCGACAAAAAGUGGCAUCCUGUAAUAACCAUUAACAUAUCAUAAAAACUAACGCCUAUAUAAUCAUUACAGCAGCAGUAAGACGUCACCUGUUUUUUACACAUUUACAAAUACUAGAUAAUCACAAUAGAUUUGCAGUGACUGACAUGUUCUGCAAACCAAAUAUCGACUCUCUGAUGUAGCGAUGACUAUAUGAAUAUAUUAGACUCAGUCUUUUCUCCAGAAUGUUGUAAAUAUUCUUAUUUUGUUGAUCAUCAAUUCCACUUCUGUCCGUCCAGGGAGAUUGGUCCCUCACUUGCGUCUCUCCCUGAGGUCUCUCGUCUCUCCCCCUUCAAAAGUAAUACGAUAGAAUUUUAUUAAUUUGAUUGAUAUGUUAAAAUUAAUAUUUGUUGCCGUACAGUAUUUAUUUUCACGCUCUUCCCUGACCCAUUCUGCAUCCUCAGUAAUCCAUCCAGUCAUUUUUGUGUAAUUUCUGCUCACUAACAAACCAACGCAGACGAAAACUGGUAAAAUGGUCGGAGCUUUAAUUUGAUUAUUCAAGUACCUGUAGAAAUUGAGGAAAGUAAGAUCAAUAAAACCUUUGAAAGGUGGCUGAUGACAAAUAACUGAUCCCCUCUUUAAAUUAGAGAUUUGAAUAAGAGGGAAACCGCAAACUUAAAGCUGAAAUACCCACAAUCCAUUUGGUUUGUGCACCUAUGAACAGAAAAUAUAAACUUGGAAAUGUAAUCGUUGUUAUAAUCUGAUUGUUUUGAUGAUCCUGUGUGAUUUGUUUUGCCCAAAAUCCAAGCCACUGGUUUUCUUUGUAUUAAGGGAACAUGUCGUGCUGACGUGUGAAAAUAAAGAGAUCAGGGGUCAAGUCAACCACAAUGUAUUGAUCUCACGCUCGGUGCAAACCUGCAGUCUGACUAUUCUAUUUAUAUGCACACCUGCAGGCAGCUGAGCAGAGAGACAGGCUGAGUAACGCAGAAUUAGAUAUUAUGUCGGCGGUUUUCGAUGGUUUCACUCGUUGUUUUUAAUUCCAAAGCAACACAAAAAGAUUUAAAUCUCUCGACUUCUUUUGUUGUUGUUAAAAUUCAUGUCACAAAAAUAUAAUAACAUUUUCAUGACAUCCUCAUUUUGAUUAAUGCGUGUGUUUUUCAUGGGACUUUUAUCAACGGUGUUACGGACAGAUUUGAUUAUUAUUGCUAACCAAUAAUAACUUUUCCGGAUAAAUAAGACAGGUUAGGUAGUAUUAAUUUAUUAGCUUCUGAUGCAUCUUUAACAUUGAAAAUGUAUCUAAAAUAAUUCUAAUAAGUCUAAUCUCUGAGUUUUUCAGUGGCUAAAAGCAGAUGAUAAAGAGUUUUAAAUAUCAGGUCUAAAAGCCUCACACCACAGUAUCUUCAGCUGUGGCUCUGAGACGACUCCUACCAAUCAAAUAGUUAUUUAACACAUGAAGCUGAGCUCCUCUCCUGAACUCAGGUGUUAGAGCAGGUACAAGCUCAGAGUGAAAUACCAGGUAUACCCACAAGGAUUCAGAUCACACUUGUCUGUUGAAGGUCAGUUGCUUCUACGUAAGAUCACUGGUUUCGAAUGCGAAGUGGAAAGCUUUCAGGACUGUCUCCGUCACGAGGCCGAGGUCACGAGGUGCCAGUAAAGAUCCGGUCUAGAAGACAACACAACAUUUAUUGUGUUGCUCUGUUUGUGCACGGAGCGCUACUCGGUUUAAUUUUGAUCCGGCAUUAACACACAUGUUAUUGAGAUGUGUUGUGAGCCUGUUUUUCCACGUAUGAUUAGAUAAGUAGAGCUAUAAAAGAAAAAACACAUUAAAAGAAAUUGGGCUCCGAUUGCAUGAACUAGAUAAUUAACAGAUUAACCAACAUUUAAAUUGCAACUCUAACAUCAAGGGCAUUAAUUACUUCUCUUGAGAUUGACUCUGAUUCAUGAUCAGUGGUAGGUUGGUGCUUUUCGAGGAUCAGCAUCUUUCCCCCCCCUCUGCUUGAAUGACUUUGUUAAACAGCCACGGGCCCUUCGAGGCAUUUUGUCGGCUGCCUAAAACUGCAGUAACUGAUUACUCCGCUCACAUGAAAGCAUCUUCUCCAAGCGAUCCCAUUUGUGGCUCUGAAGCUUGCGUUCUGCGCUCUGAUACCUCGGUUAGGUAAUACGCCGGCGCUGAGAGUUAUAUUGGAGGUGACACCCCAUCAGGCCUAUAAAUAGCUCUGCACUUUUCCCCCAGGAGCCCAGCUGUAGCUUUCUCCAAGGCAUUUGAUCUCUAGUUUGUAGGGGACUGACAUCGCCCACUGCUGCUUUGUCUCCCCCGGCUCUCUCACUCCUGCACACACACUAGGAAAAACACACACUAAGAAAAACACACCCUCGGUGCUGUAGUGGCUUCAUUACCGCUGGAAUAGGAUAUGUGGAAAAUGCUUUCAUCAGCGGCGACGCUUUUAGGAGACAGUCACUUCAAAGAUAGUUGGCCUCAGGGUUUCCCUCAACUACAUUUAAUGAUGACUCACCUACUCACUUUGAAUACUCCACUGUGAUGGGCAGAAGCACGGCAGCGGGCUCGGAGGGAUGCAAAUUCUCUGACAGUGUGUCGCCCUUAAAUAAAUAAAACCAAGCACUUAAUUGGAAGGGAUGGGGAUGGGGAUACAGGACCAAGCAUAACACAAGCCUCAUAACAAGUUGGAGGAUGAAGUGAGUGCAAAACGAGAAAAGAUAGAGAAAAGCCCUGCAGGCUGCGUCUGACCCCAGUGAGUCACUGUCUACACACACUUCUCCAGGAGUGGGCAUGACUCAGUAACAAGCACGAGCAUCCAUAUUGACUACGUUCCUCCAAUUUGGAUCAGGUACCAUUUUAAUGCUCUACUAUAUUUUACUGGAGCUUUGUUUUCAUCGUGAAAUCAUUUUUCUUUGUUCCUCAAUGAUGCCUCAGGAUGAUAUAGUUGCACAUAAUAAACAGAAAGUUUGGGUUGCUGGUACUGAACCAUUUAUAAAGGCCUGUGGCUAAUGUUUAAUAAACAUAAUUUCAUAUGUACCACCACUGUUGGUACAUGAUUAGAUGUUGUGAUUUUAUUGCAAUGUGAUAUUGUUUUGACUCUGGUGAGCUACUUCAUUGCUUCAGCAAAAGUAUGGAGUGAAAAGAAAAUGAUAUUUACCGUAUUCAUUUUAUUUCUUCAUCGGCUAUUUUUUAGAAAAGGUCACAUUCUACCAUCAAUCCUCUCUCUGUAUAUUUUUGCAUCCCAAACACACAAUUCCAAUAACAAACAGUGAAUCUACAGUAGCCACCGGCCUAUAAAUAAUUCAUUUGGGGACAGGGAUCGUUUCGCCCCCUCUGCCUCUCCGGUGCGCCUGUGCACCUGGUGCCAUUUGGCCACGGCAGACACGUCUCCAAUUAUCCAAGAGCUCAUCCCCGGAUUUCUAUGCGCCCCUUUGCCUCCACAUCCACAUUGAUUCGAGCCAAGUCGAAUCAAUGCGGGCGACGCGAGAAACUCACGCGUGAAUAACUUAUAGUAUUCGGGGGGAUUGAUGCGUAUUUGCGCACAACACAAAUCAAACAACGCACGAGGAUUUGCUAGAAAUGCUCCAGUAUGUAGGAAGUAGGGACGGAAGUGUGUUUUGUGACUAAAGGACAAGUUGUUCCUGCAGCUCUGGGUGUGAUCAUUCACUCAAGUAGACUCGCUGCCUCUCCACCCGGGUCCUCCUCAGUCCAGCUCAGUAUGUGGCUGCUCAGUGAGCCGCCUGCUCGCUGUCUGAAUGGCCGCAGCUGCUGAAAGACGCGCCCCACACGCACAUCUCCACUUGGCCCCGCAGCUUUUCACUUUCCCCUGCACCUGACGCGCGCUGAUCGGCGGGUGUGAGUGGCGGCGGCCGCCCGCGUCCUCAGCACUCUGGACAGCGCUCGUCGUGGGAAGUUGGAGAGGACGCGGCGGUGCGCACGGAUCUAAGUGGAAUGAAUAGUUGGAGCCGCUGGAGAAGAGGUGCGCGACGCGCGGCCAUGGUUGUUUCCAAGUGCUCAUUGUCCACAACAGGCGCAGGUAACCCGAGGGUGGACGCUCUGGAGUGAGACAUGGACUUUGCUGACAUUAUCUUCGCUUUGUUCAUCGUCGUGGUCGCGGUCGUGUCGCUGUUGUCCAACUUGUUGGUGCUGCUAUGUUUCGUGCACAGCACCGAGAUACGCCGGCAGGUGCCCGGUGUCUUCACCAUGAACUUGUCUUUCUGCAACAUCCUCAUCACUGUGCUCAACAUGCCGGCCACUCUGGUGGGGAUCGUCCGGAACCAGCAGCCUUUCGGGGACUGCGUUUGCCACACGGUGAGCUUCCUGGAGACUUUCCUCACCGCCAACACCAUGCUGAGCAUGGCCGCCCUCAGCAUCGACCGCUGGAUCGCGGUGGUCUUCCCGCUCAGUUACUCCACUAAGAUGCGCUACAAGGACGCGCUGAUCAUGGUGUGCUACUCCUGGCUCCACUCCUUCACCUUCUCCCUCACGGCGCUGCUCUUCUCCUGGGUCGACUACAGCGAUGUGUACGCGUCGUGCACCCUGCAGCCGAGGGACCGGGGCAGCGACAGGAUUAAGUUCACAAUCUUCACAGUGGUUUUCCACGCCACCAGCUUCAUGCUGUCCCUGCUCAUCCUCUGCUUCACCUACCUGAAGGUGCUGAAAGUCGCCAGGUUCCACUGCAAGAGGAUUGACAUAAUCACCAUGCAGACUCUUUUCCUGCUGGUCGACAUUCACCCCAGCGUGAAGCAGAGAUGUUUAACAGAGCAAAAGAGGAGAAAGCAAAGAGCCACCAAGAAGAUCAGCAUCUUCAUCGGCUCAUUCAUCAUCUGCUUUGCUCCUUAUGUAAUUACAAGGUUGGCUGAGCUUCUACCUUUUGUGGACGUCAACCGCCACUGGGGAAUCAUCAGUAAGUGCCUCACAUACAGCAAGGCUGCGUCUGACCCCUUCGCCUACUCCCUCCUACGUCAGCAGUACAAGAAAGUCCUGGUUUCCGUCGUCAACAGGCUGCUCCGGCGCGACCUGUACCCUUCAUCUGGCCACAACAGCUCUCUAGACACAGAGAACGACUACUGUCUCCAGAGGAUCAGCUAAUGGCGAACGUGCGGACGUGACAGAUGCACACCACGCAGCGGGCCAAAAAACAGAAAGGCUGCCUCUUGGAGGAAGAGGAGGAUGGGCGGAGGCGAAGAAUUAGGGAGAGAGAGAGAGACGGAGUGGACAGGAUAUUAGAAGGAAGCGAAACAAGACUAGAUGGAGGGGACAGAUUGUGGGUUUGGGGGACAGAGCAAAAGAAGGAAGAUGGUGGGGGGGGAAGAUUGAACAGACAGUAAUGAGGGGGAGGAUGAACAGGCGAAGAAAUGGAGGGGAAGGCGAGAUGGGUGAGGGGGAAGACAGAUAGGGAGCGACAGGGAUGAUGUGGCCUCAGACAGUAUUGGUAAACAAGGGAUCUUUAAUUCAUCAACACACAGGAAAACUCCCCCACCCCCACGCAGAUUCACACACAGACAAAUCAAUUCCAUGAAACAGGGGUUCAAGAUGGAGAUGAAGGACCACGCUGCCGGAGACGUCUUGACUCUGAGAGGAAAGUGGCCCUUUGAGCUGGACCAACCACUUUGUAACGAAUCUUCUUCCUCCGUCCUCUGCCGCUAAAACCCGGGGACACUAUGUCGUCCCUGCUCCUGGAGACAGUAGCUUCACUGGACGGAUGUGCUCUUCGGCGUUGAGGCUCAGCUGCUGCACAUUGUUGCCAUUUUUCCGUAUUGACCGCGUUAGACUACUUUGCAGUGUCAUGUCAGUCACUGAAUAUUGAUGCACUUUGUCUAAUCCUCUCAGAGCUACUAUAGAUACAAGAGCCAAAGGCAAAUAACAUGUACACCACGAUGUUAAAGGACGCGGCUGGUGAGGUUCUUUGUUUUUCUUAUUGUCCACAAGGGUCAUGAGAAGAUAAAAAAAACGGACUUUGCCUCUCAGUGCUGUCAGAACUCUCCAGCCUGCCUGCUGCUCCAAGUCUUUAGAUAUAUGUUCUCAGCUGGACUCUGUACUUUAGGAGUAAAUAGUAUAUAUUUAGUUGCAGGUUAUUACAAGUUUGGUGCACAAGUAUUUAGGGUAGGAAGUCCUCAAACGUUUUACUUUAAGUAAAAGUACAAAUAAAUAGACAAAAAUCUACUCAAGUAAAAGUAACGUGUAACUUGGGUUAGGGUUAACUUGGCAAUACCGACAAUUGUAUUAUAGCACUUAAAGAAGAAAAAUAGCAAAUGUACACAUGUUAAUUAUAGUCAAUUUAAAGAUAGCCUAAAUGUGAAGCAAUCAUAAUCCAAAAGAAACAAACUUAAAUGAAAUACAACAGAAUCAAAACAUUUAAAUAAUACAAUAUAAUACAAUAAAAUAAGGGUAAGUAGAAUCCACAAUCCCAGUAAAAACACAUUUAAAACACAUAACCUUAGUGCAGUGCUCAAAGAGUAGACUAUGAAAAAUACACACAUUUUUCAUAAAUAUCAACACACCCGGUAUAAUGUGCAGUGGCCACAUUAUUUUAAACAAUAGGAAAGUGAACGGAUCCAUCAGGAUGAGCUCAUCUCUGGUUUGAAGUCUUCUCGUGUGUUUUUCGCUGACAGUAAUAAAAAACGCAGCCUCACCAGUCGUCCUUUAAAGUGUGUGUGUGUGUUAAAGUGUAACUGAAUGUACUAGAGAUAGUUCACUUUUACCGGGAAAAUGCAUUUGUACAACUGUGCUUUGUUCUGCCAGUUGACCGGAGAAAAACGUUUCUAAUGGAUAUUUACAUGAUGUUAUUCUAUAUUUUGCACUGUACAGGAACAAUGUUUUGUCUAUAGAUGAAGA